AUCUAAAUGUUACCUUUUUGGGAGGUGGAAUUCUACCUUAUAAAAUUGCAUUUAACUCAUUAUUUAAUUAAUUUUAAAAGUUAAACUGGAAGAACUCACAACACAGCACAACACGACAGACAGACAGGAAACUAAAGAUAGAUUGUAGAUGGGAAAUGAACCGAGUAGUCUACUUGUCUUACUUUUCAGCAACUUCCAUCACCCUCUCUCUCUUCUUCUGGAUUCUGGAAAUGAGAGCCGGGCUUGGUACGAUUCUGCAAACUCUGACGUCGGAGGCCGCAAGUAUUUUGAACCAGUCAAUUGCCGAGGCGGGUCGCCGUAACCAUGGCCAGACUACGCCGGUCCAUGUGGCUGCAACUCUGUUGGCUUCGCCAACUGGGUUCCUUCGCCAGGCCUGCAUCAAGUCCCAUCCCAAUUCAUCGCACCCACUUCAGUGCAGAGCUCUCGAGCUCUGUUUCAGCGUCGCUCUUGAGCGAUUACCGACGGCCCAAAACGUCUCCGCCGGCUCAGAACCACCGAUUUCCAAUGCGCUAAUGGCAGCUCUUAAACGUGCUCAAGCUCACCAACGUCGCGGCUCUUCCGAAUUGCAGCAACAGCCCAUGUUAGCGGUGAAGGUUGAGUUCGAGCAGCUAGUUAUAUCGAUUCUCGAUGACCCAAGCGUCAGUAGAAUUAUGCGGGAGGCGACCUUUUCGAGCCCUGCUGUUAAAGCUACGAUUGAACGGUCUUUGAACUCGUCGGCAUCUGUGGUGAAUUCGUCCCCUAUUGGAUUAGGUAGCUACCCUUCUCCGAUGCCUAAUCGGAAUCUUUAUUUGAAUCCACGGCUGCAUCAAGGAAAUGUUUCCCAAUUGGGUCAACCGAGAGGAGACGAAGUGAAACGAAUCAUGGAUAUUUUGCUCAGAACGACCAAGAGAAAUCCAAUCAUAGUUGGGGAUUCGGAAACAGAUGCAAUGGUAGAAGAAUUUAUCAGGCGGAUUGAAAAGAAAGAACUGACUGAAGGGCCGCUGGAGAAUGCUGAGAUUAUAUAUUUGGAGAAGGAACUUUCAUCAGAUGGAGCACAAAUAUCCACAAAACUUGAAGAAUUGGAAGAUAUGUUAGCGACCCGAAUGACCAAAUCAAAUUGCGGGAGCGUAAUUCUAAACUUGGGGAAUCUAAAAUGGUUGAUUGAGCAGCCGGCGAGUUCUGUUGCCCCAGGUUCCGGCGUGGUGCUGCAGCCAGUUGUAUCAGAGGCCGGCCGCGUUGCCGUUCAGAAGAUUGGAAAGCUAUUGAUGAGGUUCAGGGAGGAAACUUCUGGCCGGCUGUGGUUGAUCGGAACUGCUACUUGUGAUACCUUCUUGAGAUGCCAAAUCUAUCAUCCCUCCAUCGAAAAUGAUUGGGAUUUACACGUUGUUCCCAUUGUGGCUAAAGCCCCUCGUUCUGGGUUAUAUCAAAGGCUUGGAACAAAGGAGAUUCUAGGAAGUUCAACUGAAUCAUCGUCGCCAUUGAAGUUCUUUCCAACUUCUCCCAUUACCCAACUGAGACAUGAAUCUGAGACGCUAAAUUCUGGUCCGGAAAAAACUUGCUGCCCACAGUGUAUGCACAAGUAUGAACAAGAACUACACAAACUCAUGAACGAGGAGUCUGAGAAAUCUUCUUCAGGAGUCAAAACCGAUAGUAAUCACGCUCUUCUGCCGCACUGGCUGCAAAAGGCUAAAGCUGAUGCACCUAAUGCCGAAUCAAUUGAUUCAAAACAGAGUAAGGACCAUGAAUUGGUAAAGCAGAGGACCCGAGAGCUGCAAAUGAAAUGGAACCAUACAUGCUUGCGCCUUCAUCCCAAUUUUCAUCAGCCAAACUUUUGCAGUUCUACAGGAAUCUCGACAAUGGGAUUAUAUAGCCAUAACUUGCUCAAGUCACAUCCCUGUCAGCCUAGGCUAGAACUGAAUAAAAGCCUUGGAAGAGCUCUAGAGCUGAAUAUGAAUCCACAACCCAACCAAUCAUCUGACAACAGCACAAUACGAACGGAAUUGAUUCUUGGGCAAGGAAAGCUAUGGGGUAGCAUUCCUGAACAAACACAUGAAGACAUCACCAAAGAAUUUAAAUCUUCAGGACCAGAGAUGAAGUCUCCUUUGGUCCUUCAAAGCGCCAAACUGCUUGGUAUAACAGAUGUUGAUUCAUACAAGAAGAUCCUUAAAGUUUGUAUGGAAAAGGUAUGGUGGCAGCGAGAUGCAGCAUCUGCUGUGGCUAACACCAUAACUCAACGCAAAUUGGGCAACAGGAAACGUCAUAGUGCUGGAUCAAGAGGAGACAUUUGGCUAUUAUUUGCGGGGCCUGACAAAGUUGGCAAGAAGAAGAUGGCAUCAGCUCUUUCAGAGCUGGUAUCUGGGUCCAUCCUGGUCACAAUUUGUCUCGGUACGCAACGUAAUGAUAGAGGAUUCGCCAAUAAUUUUCGCGGGAGAACGCCGUUAGAUCAAAUUUCAGAGGCUGUUCGGAAUAAUCCAUUUUCAGUGAUAGUUCUUGAGAACAUUGAUGAAGCAGAUGUUCUAUUUCGUGGGAGUAUAAAACGGGCAAUAGAAAGCGGUCGGCUUACUGAUUCCCAUGGCCGUGAAAUCAGCCUUGGUAAUGUUAUUUUCAUCCUUACAACUGUCUGGCUACCUGACGAUCUAAAGUACUUGUAUGAUCAUAAUAGUCUUGGAGAAAAGGAGCUUGCAAAUUUAGCUACUGAAAAUUGGCAAUUGAGGUUAUCUCUAUCAGAAAGGCUACCAAAACGUCGAGCAAAUUGGCUUUGUAAUGAAGAAAGGUCUACAAAAACCAGGAAAGAUACAAAUCCAGGCUUGUUUUUUGAUUUGAAUGAGGCCGCUAAUACAGAGGACGACACUGCAGAUGGGUCAAACAAUUCAAGCGACCUCACAAAUGAUUAUGAAGAUGAAUAUGGGCUGAGCAAGAUGGAAUCAACCACAACUUCACCAGUGUUGAGUGAGCUUCGGGAAAUCGUCGACGAUGUUAUUAUCUUCAAGCCAGUCAAUUUCAAUCACUUAGCCUGCGACAUUAAAACUUCAAUCAAUGAAAAAUUCUCCAGCAUUAUUGGAGAGGGAGUCUCGAUCGAGUUACAAGACCAGGCUGUUCAAAAAAUUGUAGCUGGGGUAUGGUUGGGGGAAACUGGUUUAGAAGAAUGGGCAGAGAAAGCACUAGCUCCUUGCUUCAACCAACUCAAGACCUGCUUUCCAAAAACAGCAGGCAGCAUGCGAGACAAGUCAGUAAUGGUUGCUCUGGAAGUAGACCGUGAAUCAGGCAGCGGAAGCCAAGGAGAUGGGCUACCAAGUAAGAUCAAAGUAGUGACAGCAGUAAAUGGGUGAUGAGAAUACUUUCAUUAUUUCAACUUCUUGAGAAGCUUGUAUAUAUGCACAUAUAGUUUUUCCCCAAGGCUAGGAGAGGGAAGGUGUUUUAACAGCUUCUAGAUAGGCCACAAACAAAUAGUUGAUAAACAGAAAGCAGAGAAGGAGAUUGAUAGGGAGCUUCGACAAAACAAAAAACAAAAAAAACAAAAAAACAGGAUCUUGUUCUUUCUUUUCCCCUUGGAAUUAUUUAAUUCAAUUGCGUUCACCUCCAUCCAGUAUUCUCUGUCGUGGGUCUUCCUCUCAUGAGUUCCAAAAUGUAAAGAAAAAAGAAGGCAUUGUUUAUUUGCAGGUGCAAUGAUAUGGGUCAAAUAUGGAAAUGACAAAGAUGAGCGAAAGCUUUUGUGUCCUUUUUGGCUCAACACUUUGUAGGCGGAGUUUUGGUUAAGGACUCUAACGCGGAUUCAAAGGGCAAAAGCCAAAAUAUUAUUGACGUGAAGUUGCGUAAAUUCUGAAAGCUCGGCCAUUUUGUGUGGCUGAUAGUGGGAGAAUAAGAAAGCGACAAAGUGAGAGGAGCGUUUGUUUCCUUUGCUUCGUGGCCGCAGCCGCCGCUUUGUGUUUCUUCUGCGUUCAACUUCAUACCCUCUCAGAUUCAAAUUAAACGCCACAGAAAUAUUUGUGUGGGAGUCCCCCAUGACAUGUUGUCCCUCUUGGAAUCCACAUGUUUAGUUACCUAUUAUCGAUGUAAAUGGGAGAUAUGAAUUCAAUGACUUUGUUUCAUGUUGAAUGCAAUAUGUUUGGUGAAGAAAAGAAAACAUCUGCAUUGAUUAUGACAA